AUGGGUGAGCGUGGCCUCCCAGAGGCACAGGGUGCCCGGGGGCCUCCGUCCGCGCCGCUGGGCCCUCGCCUCCCAGAGCAAGGGGCGACUGCCGCUGCGAUGAGGGCGGAGGAGCCACAGGCCGUGCUGGCCAGACAGGGGAGAGGAGGAGGAGGUGGUGGAGGGGGCGGAGAGAGCGCGGGAACGCCGGUGCCAACCGGGGCGCAGGCGUCGUUCCUGCAGGGCCUGCUGCAGGAGCAGCAAUGUGGCAGGACGGGGCAUCAGGAUGCGGCUCAGAGGCAGCAGCAGCAGCAGCAGGUGGAGCAACUGCUGCGAUUGCAGAAUGAGCAGCAGCAGCAGCAGAGAAUUCUGGGACUGCUGUCCUCAGCCUUUGCUCGCCCUGGCAGUGGUUUCCCGGUCUCAUUUCCCGUCGGAUUUCCCUCCGACCUCACAUCGCUGGCCUUCUCCACGGCGAUGCCCCAGUUCAACCCCUUCAGCCUACUCGCGGCAGCUGGUGCCCACCUUCCCACGAUGAUGCAGCAGCAGCAGCAGCAGCAGUUACAGCAGCAGCAGCAGCAGGUGUUAUCCACGUCGACCACGCCACCAUUCGGCCUUCCCGCAGGAGCGCACUCUGAGAACGCCAGCAUCAGCAGCGGCACCAGCGCCAACCGCACUCCGGAGUUGUCCUGGUGGGCCCUCAAGUACCUGUCCUCCCAGGCUGACGGCGACGGCGAGAGGGGAGCGGCCUCGGUGGGCUCGGCGUCGUCCAGCGACCGGAACGAGUGGCGCCCGGCGACCCACGGCGCCGCCCGUGCCCACGCCGAAGACGCCGACACGACGCUCGACGAGAGCAUCCCAGAGGACGACGCGCGUGCGAGCGGCGUGGCCCAGGAGCGGCCCUGGCGGCGGGGACGGCACGGGGAGGCACAGGAGCAACGCUCGGCCGCACAGAAGCCUCCCCCCUACGCGGAGGACAGGCCGAUCCGUCCGGGGGUGGUGGGGAGGAGAACGACGUUUGAGGAGUUUGUGGAGGAGCAGCUCAAGUUGCAGGAGGCGCGCGGAGCAGCUCACAAGGCCCACUCAGUCGAGGCGCCGGUCCACACCACCAAAUCGUUUCUGAAGAAAGGAGAGGGCACCCAGCGAUUCGCCCGCGCCCGCCACGGCACCGCCGCCACCGCCGCCGCCUUCUCCUCCCCGGCGCGGGGGCCCGGUCCCUCCAGACGGUGCCCGCGGGCCCCGCGGCUGUCGCCGGCCGGAGCGGGGCCGGCGCCGGCGGCGAGGACGCAGGGCCGCCGAGCCCUGCCGGAGGUGCAGGGCGUGAGCCGCGUGGGGCAGAAGCUCCGGCUGCUGAGCCAGCGUUCCGGCGGCGCCGGGGCCAUCCCGCGGUUGCCAAGCGGCGCCGGCGUUAAUGCCGGCGGGGCGGCGGCGGCGGCGGCGGCGUCCGCCGGCCCGGCCACGGCGGACGCGAACGCCGAAAGAGCCGGGGCCUCCCGGUCGACGGCGUUGGAGCGAUUUCCGGCGCCGUCCCCCGGCGGCGGCGUCGGCGGGGAGGGCAGCGUGCCGCGGCUGGUGAACCGCUUCGAGUCGAUGCUGGAGGACGGCGCUCCGCCCGCGAGCGACGACCGCGGUCCCGACGACGCGUCCAAGCGAGUGGCGCGUAGAGACGUCAACGGGAACUUAGACCAGGGCGGCUCCUCCGGCAGCGGGAAUGGCGCCGGCGAGCCGGCUGCCGGCGCGAGGCCGGAAGUCGCGGCGUCGGAAUCCGUACGGCAAGGUGGCGGUGACGAAGGCACCGACGAUGAUGAUGACGUUGACGACGAUGAUGAGGUGGAGGAGGAGGAGGAGGAGGAGAAGGAGGGGAAGGAGGAGCAUGAGCACAGCGACUGCAGCCAAAAGACGUACCGCGUGGGAGCGUCCGUCGCGUACAAGCGUCUCGACGACAGGAUCGUGCACGUGCCCGUCGUGCCGGGAGACGUCAGCGCCCGCCACAACGCCGCCGCCGCCGACGCCACAAUGACCGCGAAGCCGGGGUGCGACGACGCCGUCGCCGCCGCACCCCGGGAGGUGCGGCCGGUCCCGGGGUGGGCGCAGUCUCGGGCGACCCGGCCGCCGACGCUCGCGAGGGCGUGGGGCGCCGGCAGGAGCCGCGACGAGGAGGACGACGGCGACCAGGACUACGCCAGCGACGCCCCCAGCGAGGCCGACGCCGGGGCGGCCGCCCCUCCCGCCGAGCGGCGCCGGGCCAAGCGGCCGACGACGAAACCCGGCAGGGCGAGGCAGCGGUGGCCGACGGCCGGGAAGCAGGACGGAGGGGGCGACGGCGGCGGCAAGAGGAGCGGUGGCGGCGAAGCAGAGAGCGCGCAACCGUCGCUGGCUCCCGCGCGGGAUGGCACGGAGCCGGCGGGGGGUACCGGUGGACUCCGGCGAGCAGGGGACGCCGGGAGGGGCCCCCCGGCAGAGGGUGGGGAUCCGCGUGGCCCCCCCCACGGGGAUCCCAGGAUCGGCCGCCCUGCUGCGACAAACCCAGCGGUCGCGGAUCGGACGUCGGGGGGCGACGAUGCAAGUGCAGGGAACUCGAAGCCUCAUUCCAGCGGAGAAAGUGUCAAGUCGAGGGUCGGGCAGGAGGGGGCCUACGGACUUGUGGACAGGAGGGACCUCAAGCUUCCGGCCUCCGCCCUGGAGGGUGCGGGGAGCAGCCACGGGGGGCUGGGAGCCCCCGGUGGCCCCGCGAGCCAGGAGGAGCAGCGCUCGGCCGAGUGGGAGGAGAUUCAGAGGUUAAAACGUCAGCUGUGGGAGCUGCAACAGGCUGUGAAGCAGAAGGAGCGGCACUGGGAGGGUCCCAAGGCAGAGCUCCACCGUGGAGCCCGGGCACUGAGUCCACACCAAGAGGCAGCCCGACAUGUGGACAAAACAACAGCUGGGCCAGGCAUGGAGCUCCAUCGUGGAGCCCGGCCAUUUAGUCCGCACCAAGAGGCAGCCCGCCAUGUGGACAAAACAACAGCUGGGCCAGGCAUGGAGCUCCAUCGUGGAGCCCGGCCGUUUAGUCCACACCAAGAGGCAGCCCGACAUGUGGACAAAACAACAGCUGGGCCAGGCAUGGAGCUCCAUCGUGGAGCCCGGCCGUUUAGUCCACACCAAGAGGCAGCCCGACAUGUAGAUGUGACAACAUCAGGGCCAGGCAUGGAGCUCCACCGUGGAGUGCAGCCCUUGAGCCCACGCCUAGAGACAGCCCGGCACGUGGACAAGAUGAGAGCUGGUCCAGGCACAGAGCUCCGCCACGGAACUCUCCCGACUGCCGCCACACGCCCACGCCUCCUCUACAAGGAGGAGCCGAGCGACAGAGCGGCCGCGCUGGCGCCGCGCUGGCCCACCGCCCGUAGCAAGACCCCCACGCUGCCGAGGCCGCCCGUCCCCGCCGACGGCCCCGACGUCGACGCCGCCCCACGCGGCGGCCGGGCCGCCGACUGGCGGGGCCCCGUACCGGCGAGCGUCGACCGGUGGGGCGAGCAGCUACCCCCGACGCGGGGAAACGCCUUCGCCGGCGGCCCCCGUUCGCUGUCGGAGCCGGCGCACGCCGCCGAGCCUCCCCCGGGCGCCGAGUCGCGGCCCAAGACGCCGGUGCGGGCGACGCGGCCGGGCCACGACCUCUUCUACCGCGAUGCCGACCCCGGCUUCGACCCCGGCCCUUUCUCGGGCCGCGGCCACCGCUCCAAGACGCCGAACCCCACGGCCGGCGGCGGGCGGCGCGCCGCGGACGCCGUUCCCCGCUCCAAGACGCCCAACCCCGAGACGCCGUCCGCGCGCCUUCACGGGGAGGCGGCCGCCUCGAGCCGCCACAACGGCCUCGGUGGGGGGCCCUCGCGCGCCGGGGGAGCGCAGCGGCCCGGCGGCGCGCCGGCCCCCAACCGGGCCUCGCCCUCGCCGGCGCCGGAGCGGCACCGCCCGGCAGCCGGUCCCCACGGGGACCCAGAGCUUGCGUGGCAGCGCUCGGGGGCCGUCCCGUCGCCCACCGCCGUGACGUUCGCGCCGGACCGGGCGCGCCGAUCCAAGACCCCGAAACCCGGCGGCGAGGCCCGGGCAGCCCCCGGGGUCGGAGCGCGUGGAUCCUCGCCGGGCCCGCGCGUGACCGCGCCCCGCACCCCCGUGCCCGCCGCUCCCACGGGGACGAUCGUGGCCGCCGGGGCUCAGCGAGCGCGGACGCCACUGGAGCUGAUGCCUGCCCACCGUCUGGAAUCGGCGCAUUUGGGAGGGGUUGCGUUCCACGACGACCGAGAGGCCGACGACGAUAUCCAGCAAGAGAUCCUGUAUCCGGACGGGAAGGUGGAAAUGGUGCUGCGGAGCGGCCGGCGCAUGGUGCAGUUCCGCAACGGCACCCGCAAGGAAGUGAGCGCGGACGGCCACACGGUGACCGUCGCGUUCCCCAACGGCGACGUCAAGAAAACCACCGACGACCAGCGCGUGGUCUACUACUAUGCGGAGUCACGGGUGACGCACACAACGUACCCCGACGGCACUCAGCACGUGCGCUUCCCCAGCGGGCAGACAGAAACCCAGCACGUUGACGGUCGCAAGGAGAUCGUGUUCCCGGACGGGAUGGAGCGACUCAUCCACCGGGACGGACACGAAGAGAGCCGCUACCCCGACGGCACUCGCGUGCGCACCGCCAGGAACGGCGAGAAGGUGAUCGAGUUCGCCAACGGGCAGCGAGAGGUGCACACGGCGCAGUACAAGCGCCGCGAGUACCCCGACGGGAUGGUCACCACGCUGUGGGCCGGCGGCCGCCAGGAGACUCGCUACCCCACGGGCCUCGUGCGCGUGCGUGACCGCGGCGGUGGCGGCGGCGGUGCCAGCGCCGCCUCGCCGGCACCGUCUACGCACGCUGCCCCGCCGGCCUCUCCGGCACGAGGCCUGCAGCCCCGCGGACGUCCCACAAGCCCCCGGGCCUACCCAGGGCCCGGCGGUGGCGGCGUGCGCAGGGUGUGAGGUCGGGAGGCGGCCUUCCGGGAGGGGCGGGGGUUGCGGGCGGCGUAGCUAUCGGGUGUGCAGGCGGUGCAAUUGCAUCGGGGCCCAUGGGCCAGACAGGCUCAGGAAGCCGGCGGUGGGCCCCGUGUCAUUCCUUGAGGGCCCAUGCCAACCGCACUGUGCCAACCGCACUGUGCCACUGGCAGGGUGGGGAGGGUGGCGACCCCGCACGUGACGAUGAAUCGGUUCACCGGUUACGAUCGAUUCUUGCGCUCAUGAUAUACGCAUCAAAUCGUGAAAGUGAGAAGUGCAAGUUUGAGAAGUUUUUUACAAAUGAUGUGUCGUCAUCAUCAUUACUAUCAUUAUUAUUGUUGCAUUCAGGUGAACGGAGUGGACCGUAGAGCUGUUGUUUGAGUCGCGUCUUCCUUUAAUUCGGGGGGGUGGGGAACCUUUUACCUUACCGAGGGCCGAACGCUACUUUGAAAAACCUUUGGCGGGCAACCCCCAGACGUUAACGAGCGCACACCGCGGCGCUAUCCGGCAAGACCGUGAAAAGUGUCGCACGCGUCGGCUGAGUAUGACGAGGCCCUCGCAGUGGUGAAAGUGAACAAAUGCGCUCAAUGUAUAAACACAGAGUUGCCAGGUCCACGAUGUUCCCCCUCCGGUGCCCGCUGAGCGCCGCUAAGACGCUCGCAGCGACGGUUACAAAUGUCGUUUGUGGGCCGCUCCGAAGCAGCAGUAUGUGCGUUGAGCCUCUUUCGCUCUGCACGUAGCCAACCGCGCUAAUCAGAGGAGCGGCGGAAAGGACGACAAACUAAACACAAAAAGCAGUUUUAAAGAAAUUUGUAUUAAAUCUAAAUGAUGAUUUACAAGUGCAUAGCUCCAGUGGCUUCCUAACACCGGAAGAGCGUUCCAUACGGCCGUAGAAGAGCAUCCGCAAGCACCGUGCGAUGCGGUUACCGUCUUUGUUCGAUGGCCGAGCCAAAAAGCCGUUGCUGCGAGGCCUCCUACGAGGUAGGCCUACGACCACACUGGGCCUACGGGGUAGGCCUACGACCACACUGGGCCUAUGGGGUAGGCCUACGACCACACUGGGCCUACGGGGUAGGCCUACGACCACACUGGGCCUACGAGGUAGACCAAGUGUGGUCGCAGUGGCCAUGCGAAAUAAAGUCGCAGGCCAGAUUCGCUUCCCCAGCCCUGCUUGAAGUGGUCCCAGCCGUGAUCCCAGCAAGGAAAUCAUUCUUACGACAGGGUACUAAUGUCUAUAUUAAUAGUGAUAACCACAGUCAUUAAAACGCUAAUAUCCAAACGUGUAUUGGCGACUGUGUGUGCACUCAACAGAACAAUGCAUUAAUGUAGAAAUCUUGGAUUAUCCGACGUGAUUCCGUGUAAGCUGGCACGGGUAGUCCACAUGAAACGACUGAGUCUAUGCCAUCGUUUUGGAGUCCCAUUGGUCAUCGUUGUCAUCAUCAUCGUCAUGAAACACCCCACGUGAUUCUUAAACAGAGCUAUACAGCACAACUGCGAAAACUCACGCGGUAGUAUUAGGUCACGAGCAAUGGUGGUUUGGUUGGUAUCACCUGGGGUGGCAAAUGCUUCCAGUAUCCGCCAUGGGAAGUGUCCGACCAUGAGCAGAAGGCUGAGUUUAUAUACCGUCCAUUUUAUACACACACGUGAUAUUUAUUUCCACAUUCCAUAUAUUUUUCAUAUCACAUUCGUUUUGUUUCUUCCAAAAAUAUCUAUUGUCAUAUAUACGGUGGCCUUCUUUAAUGACAUUUUUCUCAAAAGUAUCCACCACAGAGACGUUGCUGUAAUACAUCGUUGUGAUCUAGCGCCAUGGUUCUUAACCUGCGGUGCGAGAUGCCCUUUCUGGGGGUGCUAGACAUGGCCAGAUUAAUUUAAAAGGUAAAUAAUCGAAAACACAAAUUAAGCACGGGCUCGUAAAUACAACUACUUUGUUUCAUCAAACCAUAGAUUUAUUAAAUCUAUUCAUUUGUUCACGAUUGAGAACCAAAGGGGGUGUGCAGGCUGCGGUAAAGGUUAAGAACCACUGACCUAAAACUACAAGAAAAUAAUUAUCACCAUUUGCCACCUUGGCUGGUCGGUACCGGUAAGUAAAAUUUUGGGCCAAUGGCCAUUCAUUCGUAUUCUGUGGCCCAUUUCGUUUUGAUGGGGUGGCCAGGGACACGCAGCUGCACGUGGCCAGGUACCCGCAGCUACACGUGGUUAAUUUGACGGUGUCCAUGCUUGUGUACACCGACAGUCGGACAGGGCAAAGUCGGACUGGAGAGUGCGUCUGAGGUCCGGUGAUUUGAUUGUGCAUGUACAAUGCGUAUUGACACAGUAAUAUUUUGCGAGUGCCAUGUUACCUUUUUUUAUAUAUAUGCUUUCUUUUGUACGAACGAGUGUGUUAGAGAAAUAACGUCCUUGUUUCCAAUGUAUGCAAAGCGGCUCUCGUCGGGACAUCCGCCUGCGUGUGCCAUGAAUUGUGUGUGCUAAAAAGCGCUAAAUUAUUGUGUGUUUCUACUUGAAUUAAAUGCUCGCU